UCAAUUCAUCCCGCCGGGAAAAAAAUGACCGGUGAAGAUCCGACUCAGAGACCUCUCACCGACAACGAUAUCAUCCGUUUAGCGCAGUACCAACAUUGUCAAACCGGAUACUCUCUUCCACCUUAUCUUCUCUCUCCGUCUUCCCACGAUUCGCUUCUCUCAUACCUCAAAUCUCGUUCUUCUUCACCGUCGCCGUCGAAACCAGUUUCUGAGUAUGUGAUCUCUCUUCUAUCUUUAAUCUCUCUCUCCCCGACUACUCCGUCUCUCUCCUCUCUCCUCGCCUCUCUUCUCAUCUCCUACACCCAAAUCUUCAAUUCCGGCAAAAUCCCAAGCGAUUCGGACUCACUCAAGACGGUUCAGCUCUUCGGUACUCUCUUACCCUACUUGCACGUUAAAGAGGUGAAAUCUGUAGUCGAUUCGAUCUUAUCAGGUGUGUCUAGAGUGGAUGAAGCCCAGCUGUUUGAUUUAAUGCCUGUGUGCUUUGAUUUAUUGCGGAAUCCGAGAGAAGCUAAAGCUAGUGAAAUAGAUUUCGUUAAUUUGGCGAUUGAUCGAGUUCUUAAUUGUGUAUGGAAUAAAGGGUUGUUAACGAAAAUGGUUUCUCUAGCAAAGGAGUUUUCAUUUCUGGAUAAAGGGAGAAAGAGUGAGUUGGUGGAGAAGGUGUUUGCUGGUAUUAAGUGUAUAGACUUGCAAGAUCUGCCUUCACUUGUGUAUCAAUUGUUGGUUCUUGCUUCUAAAGGUUUUUGCAAGAGGGAAGUGAUUGGAGGUGUUGUUGGUUUUUUUGGGUCUAAAGCUGAGACUAGAGUAGCUUCUGUUGUUAGACAGAUCGAAGGAACUGUUCUUCUUCAUGUGAAUUUCGCAGUGAAGCAGGAUCCUUCGUUGGGGCUAGAGGUUGUAGCGUUUGUCAAAUCUGAUCUUAGAGCGUUCAAUCAUUUUACAGUAGCGGUUCUGUUUUCUGUAGCUAGAGUCAGAAAAUUCGGUGAGAGCUCCUUGGGGGGUUUGAGAACGGCUUUGCUUACUGCGUACAACGAUUACAGACUCUCCAAAGGUUGCAAGUGGCUACCUGAUGAGCUUAAGGAAGAGAGUUUCCUGCAUGCCAAAUUGGUUGAAAAAUCCUUGCUAAGAGCUGUUAGUGAGUGCAGAUAUGGGAGGGAGCAUGUGGUUCCAAGUGUUAUUCAGUUUGGCUUUAUGUUGUUAGAAUCUGUUGAAGAAGGUAGAUCCAAUGAUUUUGGUGAUUCUAAUGGUGUACUGGGUAUUGAGAAGCUUAGCAUUCAGAUUCUGGGAGCCCUAUUUGAAGCCCAUGAUAUGACAAGAAACGAGAUAAUUGAGCAGUGCAAGUUUCGCAUUCUUUCUUUGAAAUGCGCAAAGAGUAAGCCAAUAGUAAGGUUGUUAGGGUAUCUUGUCCAGAGAUACUCACUUAUCAUGUUGGAAUUUGUCCAUCAUCUCAAAGAGUUAUUGGAUUAUUUCACUUUCAUGGAGGGAAAUAUCAGCUGUUUUCUUGUUUCUGCUGUUAUCCCGCUGAUCAAAUUCAGCCGUGAUCUUCAGGACUAUACCAUCUUGGUGAUUCGCAAGGCUAUGUUUAGACGGGAAGAUACAGUUCGUAUUGCUGCAACCAAAGUAAUAACCGAUCUUAUACUUGCAGAGAAACAAGCUAAGAGAGACAGCUCAUUUACUUUCCAAGACUCAGCAAGCCAAGCCAGUUCAAGUCAGCAGACCGAGAUGAACUGUGUUGUGAGGGGAAACCUCUUUACUGAACUGAAUGGGUUGCUUCAAAGAUGUCUUUACCAGCAGGCAAAAGUGAAGGAAGUAGUUUACGAUGGGCUUGUGAAGUUAGUCCUGAUUGAUCCAUCAAGUGGCGGACAUGUGUUGGACUUUCUUAUGCCUCAUUUUCUUCGUUUCUUCAGACAGGACACAGAUUUUGAACUUGAAAUCACUUCAUGCAUUAAAUUAGAAGGUGGCAAAUUUAUCAUUGAAGAACCCUUGGAUAGGCUUCUCUUUUGUGUCUCUUGGAUUUUACUCCUCCAGCCGCACAACAACUUUGAUCGGCCUUCCGAUGCCGCGUGGCCAUGCUUCGGAUUCUCACUUUCACAAGAUAAUGAGCAGCAGGUAGGAAGAAACAUAUCUCAUGAAAUUUACUCCAGUGCUUUGGUGAAAAUCCGAAGCUUCUUACUAGGCAAGAAGUUAGGAGAUAUUGUUGCGCAGUCUCAGGAAACAGUUUCUGCAUCUCUAGAAGAAGAUAAAAGAAAAUCCUAUUGUUUAAUUAUAUUGGGAAUCAUUCAAGUGCUGCUAAAUUAUAUUAUAGUGGAUCUAGAGAAACAACCAGAAGGGAAAAAGGGUGCUAUCAGAAAGGAGAUUGUCGAUUUGAUUGAUUUUUAUGAAUCAAUGGAAAAGGACGUGGGAAAAUCGAAGCAGAGCAAUGUUGGCAAGAGGGUACGAUUUAGCGCCUGUAAUGAUAGUGAUGCGGGAAAUGCAAGUAUCAAUGAAGAUCGAGAAAAAGUUCCCUUUUUAGCUACUUCAAGUAUCUACCAGCUAUUUCAACUCAGUUUCAAACUCCACAGCAGCACAUUCGUUGGUACUCUUUCAGGUUCGCAGGAUCACAGCCAGUCAUCAGCCAAGACAGAUAAAUCAAUUUCUGGAGUUUUCUCUUUCACUUUGCAUGUUUGUGUUGGACACAUAAGAUCAUCUCUUUGCAUGAAGGAGGAAAAUCCACUUAAACCAUUGGUCUAUGGUGACAUGAAAGCUCUGGGUCCUCCACUGCUACAAGUAGUUUACAUGCUAAAGCCAGAACCACCUCUAGCAACCGGACAGACAAAAAGGGAGAAGAAAGGAAGGAAGGAUGCUGAAGGAAGAAAACAGUGUCUACAUCUGGCCUUACUUAGUUUGAAAGAGCUGAUCAAUGUAUAUUCAAGUGGAUCUGGUUUGACUGGUUUGCUUAAAGAUUUGCUGGCAGUCCCUGCAUCUGAGGAUGCUACUUUAAUAGAUUGCAGUGAAGCUUCCAAAAUUGAAGAUCCACUUGUAAAGAGCAUCCAAAUUUUCAUGGAAAAAAUCAUGAAGCCCAUGAUCACGGACCUCAUCCCUCAAAAUUCUAAUGAUGUAGAGAUUCUUUGUGACAUAAUGUUGACGCUUGGGAAGACCCUACCUGACAAAUUCAAACAAAGGCAUGGAUCUUGGGCUCAUCAGAUCUGCAGAAGCUGUGAAACAUCUAACACCACUGUGGCAAAAAGCAUUUUGAAACUUGUCAUCUCUUUUACUACAUCCCCUGGUGAUCUAUGCAUAGCUAUGGAAGUGGCAAAGGAGUUGCAAAAUGUCAUGGAUGUAGACAAAUCCGAUACUGUAGAAGUGUCUGAAUCAUACAAGGUCAUAAACCAGUCGACAAGUGCCACUGUAACUUCUUGCAUAUUGCAAUCAAUUGAUUCAGCAAUAGUUGACAUGGAUUGGGCCACAAAGAAGCUAAAGAACUUCUAUGUGAUCUCUCAGAAGAACUACCAUCUCAACCAGGACGUUGCUGAGAGUACAUUUGGGUUGGCUCUUGAGGAAUCCCUUUACUCAAUGGCUGAGUCAACAGUCAGAAUGCUUUCUUCCUUUGUUUUGAUGAACCUCAAAGACUCGCAAGCAGCGCAAUUUCUUAGACUAGCUGUUAGGUUUUACAAACAAUUGGCACAAAUUGUGAAGCUGAGGAUCGCUCCCAAGGGUUGCAAGCAAAUUCUUCCGAGCCUUAAAUUUCAAAAACUCGUGGAACUAACUUGCAAGAGUCUCACAGUUCCUUUAUAUCCCUUUUUGGCUGAAAUGCAGAAGGAACAACAGGAGAAUGUAAAUUCCAAUUCCAAAGGCAUAAUCAAUAAGAUCAAACAGGAGAACAAAUGCAUUCCUGAUUUGAUAUUCCAGAUAGAAGACUGUGAAAGAUACCUAAUUCAGCUAAGCAAAGUUACUAAACUGAAUUUGUUGAGGUAUGCCAAGCGCAGCACUGCCAGAGACUUUAAAAUAAUUGAAGAUGCAGAAACUCCUGCAGGAGGCGAAGUUGGAGGAAACCAGGAAGAAGAGACGGAGACACAGAACAAUAUCAUUGGUGUUAACGAGGAUGAUUUAAGACAAGAGUCAGAAGAUGAUUCAGAGAAAACGUCAUCCCCUCGAAAUGCUAGUUCCAUAUCAUCACCGGGCUUGGAUCCUGAUAAAGCAGUAGCAACAGAAGAGGGCGAUGAAGAAGAAGAAGAAGAAGAAGAAGAAGAAGAAGAAGGAAGUAGUCGUCCUAAAAAGAUUGCCAGGAAGAGUUGGGUUGUGGAAGAUUCGGACGAAGAUUCUCAAACGUUUUAGGUUUCAUAUUUUGUAAAUAAAACUUGCAAGCUCAGAUCAGAAGGAACAUAAAAGGCAUUAUACUAAUAGCUCUCUCACAGGUUUCCUUAA